AUGUCGGAUUUUGCCACAGGCUACGACAAUCAAUCCAGUGGCAACACUGAUGAAUUUCAAGGUACAGUCGCAUGCGAAAAAGACAUUACCAUCUCGAGAUCGACUGUACAUUCACCCACAGAUGCAAUGAUCGAAAAUUUCACUGGAAAUGACGAAAUUCCAGUUGAGAUCACUGAACAACCCAGACAUGAUGCAUCACUCUCACCAUCGGUCGAACCAGCCUCUUUCAAUUGCGGCUAUGAUGAUGACUCUGACAUAUCUAUGUCAGAGCCACUCCCUGCAACUCUCAUCAUGACUGUCAAAAUCCCAGCACAAAAAGUUGCUGAUCCAUCCAAGCCAAUGCGAUUGCCCUUUGUCCAUUAUAAUGCGGCCGGAUACCUCCAACAUGAUUUCUCUCCCAGAUCGUCACUAGGACCUUCACCUUCUGACCAGGAUGAUCUACCUGUUAAUAAUUAUCUGGCAGAAAUAAGUGAAGCAGACAAGGUGUUUUUGGGAUAUGGCCACAUGUUACCAGAAUCAACAUUUAAAACAUUACUUGGUCCGAUGGACCCACGGCCGAAUUCUGCCGAAAUUAACCCCAGCUGUGAUGACGACGAAGUGCAAUCGCAAGAUUCAUCCGACAAUGGCACGUUCAAGCUUUCGAACUUCGGGCCAACGGCGACACACUGCAUAUCACCUUAUUCACAGGCACGCCAUUCUUACAAUGUAGUAGCUGACGAUUCCUUGCUGGUUAAUCUUUGCCUUGGGUAUGAGGAUGAUGACCUCAUGACCACACCUCCAAACCUUUCAGCCCACCCAGCAAGUGUUGAGCCAUCGCCAAACAUUACAUUACCGCCUAAUCAUUGUUUUCAUUACGAUGCCAAGGUCCCGUCUAGCACACCAUCAGAUCAUCCAAUGCAUCCAAUAGCGAUGGGGUCAUCACCUGAUGUUACAUCGCUGGCUGACCUGAACUUUCAGUACGAGGACGAGAUCCUCCCAACCAUGCCAUCGGAUCGUCCUCUCUGUCCAACGGUUAUGGAACCAUCCCUUGAUGUUGUUUUGCCGGCUGAUCUUUGCUUUGGAUACGAAGACGAGGCCAUCCGCACCACGCCUUCACAACAUUCAGCUAAUGAAGCUGUUCAACAAUUACCUGAAACUGCGCUUCCGGCUAAUCUUCACUUUGGAUACGAGGACGAGGCCCUCCCCCCCACACCUUCAAGUCAUUCAGCGCGGCCAGAUGAUAGCGAGUCAUCUCCUGAUGCUGUGCUGCCAUCUAAUCUGUUCUUUGGGUACGAGCAUGAGGCCCUCCCCACCACACCCUCAGAUCGUUCAGUAUGGCUGGCCGAUAGCGAGCCAUUUUCUGAUGCCAUGCUGCCAUCUAAUCUGUUCUUUGGGUACGAGGACGAGGCCCUUCCCACAACACCUCUGGGUCGCUCAGUGCGGCCAGAUGAUAGCGAGUCAUCUCCUGAUCCCAUGCUGCCAUCCGAUCUCUUUCUUGGGUAUGAGGACCAGGACCUCCCCACCACAUCUUCGGGUUGUUCAGUGCGGCCAGCCGAUAGCGAGCCAUCAUCUGAUGCCGUGCUGCCAUCUGAUCUGUUCUGUGGGUACAAGGAUAAUGUACUUGCCACCGCACCUUCAGAUCGUUUGAUCCGGCCUACAGUUGUGGAUUUGUCGCCCAGCAUCACAUUACCGGCCGAUUUUUGCUUAGGUUAUGACAAUAGGCCUGAUCCAACAACACCAGCGGUACUUGCCAGUCAUGUUGAGAACUUGGCUGGCCAUGCGACCCAACACACAUACUUGCAAUCGCCAAGAACAGCAGACGGAGUCCCAAACCAUGAUCCUUUGUUCGCUGAUGCUACGGAGGGCAUCACGCAUGUCAUAGAACACUUGGAGGUCAUCGGUGACCAUCAAAUUAAUCGAUUUGCCACAGAUUUGGCGUCUUCAGGAAUUGGCAAUUCCCACAAACCAACAGCUGAAGAGAUAAUAAAUGCGAGACAAAUUGCAAUGACGUUGUAUGCUGAUUGA